AUGUCUGAAAUCCGAAGAAAGCUCGUCAUUGUCGGUGAUGGUGCUUGCGGCAAGACCUGCCUGUUGAUCGUCUUUUCAAAGGGGACGUUCCCUGAAGUGUAUGUGCCUACAGGUGUGGACGGGAAGCACGUCGAGCUGGCGCUUUGGGAUACAGCAGGGCAGGAAGACUAUGACCAAAAGUGGAUCUCUGAAGUGAUGCAUUUCUGUGCCGGGCUGCCGAUUAUUCUCGUUGGGUGCAAAAAGGACUUGCGGCGUGAUCCGAGGGUGAUUGAGGAGCUGAGAAAGACUAGCCAGAGGCCUGUGACGCCAGAAGAGGGCAUGGCCGUCGCACAGAAGAUCAACGCUAGGCAUUACCUCGAAUGUUCCGCCAAGUCGGGUGAAGGCGUGCGCGAGGUGUUCCAGUAUGCAACCCGUGCGGCGCUCCUUAGCCGUCCCGGGAAGAAGAGGGGCAGUCACUGUGUCGUCUUGUAGAAUUAACCCUGUGUCUCCAUUUUUUUCGUUUCUCAUGAUCCAUUUUCACUCAUGCUUUGUUUCUCCAUACCAAUCUUCGUAGUUAUGUUACAUUCAAUUGACGACGUCCACUACAAAUCCCCCAACCGCCGUCAUCAUGGCUAAAUUAAUUCAAAUGGCGUGGUUUCGCUGCUUUUUUACGUCAGCGUGAUGUCAUCAUUCACUUCCGUGUCUUGCAACGAUCUUGUCUUCUUGUUCAAUUCAGCCACGCGCGUAACACAUGCUUCUGAUGAUGUGAGUCAUUUAGAGUCAUUUACAAGCGAUAUACCCAACAUGGAUAGCCGCGGU